AUGGGCUUCAGUUUAAAGCCCUCCGUUGCCACCAUUGCUGCCGCAAGGCUGGAAACGGCUCCUGCUGAUGGCACCUACGAGGUUUUGCGGAACAGCCUGAACGAGACUCAGAAGCGCUGCAAGGACCUCAAUGACGAGAUGCUGCGCGUCGCUGACGCCAAUGAAGAGCUCCACAACACCCUUCGCUCGCUCAAGGCGACGAAUCGGCGUCUUGUUGAGGAGGUCCAGAAGCAAACUGAGGAGCUGUCCACGCUGACGCAGCAGCGGCUGGGAGACAUGGAGAAGCUGUCAAAGCAGGAGGAAGCCUUCAGCCGCGAGAAGGCAGCCUGGGUCCAGGAGGCUCAGAGGACCCUGGAGGAGGAGCAGCGGCGACUGGACGAGGACUUCACCGAGAUGCAGGAGGCGCUGAGCGGUCGGCUGGACUCCUGCUGGCGCAAGGCGGCUGCGAGCAAGGCCAAAACUGAGGCGCUGCGUAGCAGCCAGCGGCAGCUGAAGUCUGAUGUCCAGUCUUUCGCCCACGCUUUCA